AUGGAGGAGGACUGGCGAGGAGCUUGGUAUGUGCCAUGUCUAGCUUCACUUGAGACCCUCCAAGAAUUAUGUAGGAAGGAAAAUCUCAAAUGUAAAUCCAUUGGAAUCACCAACAGGAGUCUAAAGAGAUAUGAGGUGGAAUAUUUGUGUGACUACAAGGUAGAAGAGGGCACAGAAUACUAUCUUGUGAAAUGGAAAGGAUGGCCGGAAUCUUCAAAUACUUGGGAACCUCAGAAAAACUUGAAAUGCCCAUUGCUUCUUCAAAACUUCCUUAGGGACAAGAAUGAGUACUUGUCUCGGGCGAGAGAAGGCAAACCACUGAAAGUCACAAACCACAUUAAAGCUUUGCAACCAGCGGUUGCAGAUUACAUUGUAAAGAAGGCUAAGCAAAGAAUAGCUCUGCAGAGGUGGAAAGAAGAACUCAACAGGAAAAAGAAUCAUAAAGCGAUGAUUCUGGUAGAAAACACAGUGGAUCUUGAAGGCCCUCCUUUAGACUUCUACUACAUUAAUGAGUAUAAACCUGCUCCAGGAAUAAAUGUAUUAAAUGGAAUAACGACUGGCUGUGAGUGCACUGACUGCCCUGCUGAGAAGUGCUGCCCAAAGGAGGCUGGAUUUAUUUUGGCUUACAACAAGCGAAAGAAGUUGAAAAUCCAGCCUGGCUUGCCCAUCUAUGAAUGCAAUUCAUUUUGUAGGUGUGGGCCUGACUGUCCGAAUAGGAUAGUACAGAAAGGUACACCAUAUUCACUUUGCAUUUUCAGAACUAACAAUGGCCGUGGUUGGGGAGUGAAAACCCUCCAGGAAAUUAAAACCAACAGUUUUGUGAUGGAGUAUGUUGGAGAGGUGAUUACAAGUGAGGAAGCAGAGCGUCGAGGCCAGCUCUAUGACAACCAGGGAAAUACAUACUUGUUUGAUUUGGACUAUGACUCAGAUGAAUUUACAGUAGAUGCAGCUCGAUAUGGAAAUGUGUCCCACUUUGUGAAUCACAGUUGUGAUCCAAAUCUUCAAGUCUUCAAUGUGUUCAUUGAUAACCUUGACUUGCGUCUUCCUCGAAUAGCACUGUUCUCUACACGAACUAUCAAGGCUGGAGAAGAGCUAACCUUUGACUAUCAGAUGAAAGGUUCAAUAGAUCUGACUUCAGACUCUGCUGAUGGACUUAGCCCAUCCAAAAAGAGGAUCAGGACUGUCUGUAAAUGUGGAGCCUUGUGCUGCAGAGGUUACCUCAACUGA